AUGGACGGGCUGGCUGGACACCCGCUGAGACGGAUGGGCUGGCUGGACACCCGCCGAGACGGACGGGCUGCACACCCGCCGAGACGGACGGGCUCUUACGCCCGCCAAGACGGACGGGUUCCUAUGCCCGCCGAGACGGACGGGCUGGCUGGACACCUUCCGAGAUGGACGGGCAGGCUGUACACCCUCCGAGAUGGACGGGCUGGCUGGACACCCGCUGAGACGGAUGGGCUGGCUGGACACCCUCCGAGAUGGACGGGCUGGCUGUACACCCUCCGAGAUGGACGGGCUGGCUGGACACCCUCCGAGAUGGACGGGCUGGCUGGACACCCGCUGAGAUGGACGGGCUGGCUGGACACCCUCCGAGAUGGACGGGCUGGCUGGACACCCGCUGAGACGGAUGGGCUGGCUGGACACCCUCCGAGAUGGACGGGCUGGCUGGACACCCUCCGAGAUGGACGGGCUGGCUGGACACCCGCUGAGAUGGACGGGCUGGCUGUACACCCUCCGAGAUGGACGGGCUGGCUGUACACCCUCCGAGAUGGACGGGCUGGCUGGACACCCGCUGAGACGGAUGGGCUGGCUGGACACCCGCUGAGAUUCCAAUUAUUUUCAAUUCACAUAUCUCAAUUCCACAUAUUUGUAUUUAUC